GAGAUAGGAUAUUUAUCGUGCCAAACGUUUAACAAAUGAAGAGAAUUAAAUUUUCUAAACAGUCGUUUAAUGAAUGUUGAUUCAAUAUUAUGUGUCUGUGUUGAGGAUUAUUAUUAUUAAGCGGCCUUAAAAUGAAUUGAUAGUUAAACUUUUGUUCCUUGAAGAUUUUUCAAGUAGUGUUGCUCCUCAAGGAGCAGAAGUGAUUAAAAGGUGAUGUCCGGGCAGUUUUUGAAAAUUUUCAACACCACAAUGGGUAAUUGUAGGUCCUCGAAAUAUAAUCCAUCGGAAAAUCAAACAUCAAAGCAAAAUUCAAGAUCGGAUAUGCAAUCAAAUAACGCCUCUGAUAAUAGUCGAGAACAUCCAUUAGAAGAUCCUGAAAUCAUUAAACUCAAGAAAAAUAUUAAAAAUAAUCCCGAAGUGUUUAUUCUCAAUAAUUUAAUGAUGUGCGUCGACUUUUUUCACAAUUAUGACGAAGAAAUUUUGGAAAUGAGAAAAACUCUCGUAUCACCGAAUGAAACCGAUUUAAAUAAACGAUUGUUGCCGCAAAAACGAGUUCUACUGCCGGACAUUUUACAGGAACGAGUAGUAAAAAAUGUCACAUUUAUAUCAAGACGUGAAACUGUCGAUCCAACAAUGGAACCCCUUCAACCCGUUCGAAUGUUUGUUGUUUACGAGAAUAUUGAAGUCUCCGAUCAACACGAUUCAUCUCAAUACAGUUCGAUGAACGAUACAAUUACCUACAAUAUGCGUCUUAAACCUAGUAAAAAUAAAGGGUACGUGCACCUCGAACGAAUGGGAGUCAUACCGACAAAAAUAAAAUCGACCGUGGAAGAAGUGGAUUUAUCUUCGAUAGCAGAAAACGGAGACGAAUGCUACAGUGACAGUGAAUCAUUUUAUUCAAAAUCAAAUUCAUCGGAAUCAAAAGAAAGGAGGAGUAGAAGCAGAUCGAAAAAUAAUCAACAAAUUAAUUCAAAUAUGGCGAAAUCGACGCCAAAUUUGAAUGAAUCCGUUCAAGUGUACCAGAGAUUACCGACGAGUCGAAGUAAAACUGAACUUGAAAACGACGAGAUCGAUUACGGUUUCGUGAGCGAUUCCCGAUCAUCGCAGGGACAGAGAAGCGUCAGCAGAGAACCAAGAAGACAAAAACGUGGUCUCAAUAGAAAUUCCCAGCAUCCACUGUUAAAAACUCGAUCAGUUAGCGCGAGUCCAGCGAGUAGCACAAGUUCCGGUUAUAAAUCCAGUAAUUACGAUAUCGACAGUGAAUAUGGCUAUUCAACGAGCAAUAAAUCAAAAUCACCUCUCGAUAUUGCAGAAAUGCCAGAUUCUUGUUUUUCCCAAGUGACAAAAACCCUCGAGGGAGGAAUCUACGAUCCCUUGGAGAAUCAAACGAAGCGGAUAAUAAGUAGUAAGGAGCGUCAAGUGCAAGUCGAACGAAAUCGACAGAAUUACGACGUUUGGUAUUUGAAUAGUACAAGAUUUCGUAAACGUUUCUAUAAUGUUUUUAUCGAGAGUCUUGCGCCUUUACUGGGUCUAGAGGAAGUCAUCAGAUUUCGUCGACCACUAUUUUUUGGAUCAGUUGUCUACUGUGAUAAAGUUGAAAUAAGUCCAACUGCCAAGUGCAAUAUUUGUGAAUCUUACGAAAUUAUUCCCUGCAUUUGGACCCAGUGGCCAGAGUGUGCGAACGAAUGGCUGGAACGAACGAGACAUUCGUGGCCAAAUUAUGAGACGAUACGUCAAAUAAUAAAAUUUGGUUGCUACAUCAUUCCCCAGGAGUGUCGCAGUAAGGACGAUCAUUUUAGUAGCAAAACCGAGUGGCAACUUGCAUUUCCAGCUGCUGAAAGAUACCUCGAGACUUGCAUGAGUCAUUCACAGAUGAGAGUUUACAUUAUUGCUCUCAUGCUGCACAAGACAUUCAUCAGAGCCGUUGAAUCCGCUCCCGAUCGUCUCAAUGCUCAUCAAAUUCGAAAUCAACUAUUUUGGCUGAUGGAGUAUUCAGUGCAGGAUUGGUCUGAGAACAAGACAGGCGAUUAUUUGAUAAAACUUCUGCAGUGCUUGUGUGAGUGUAUCAAUCAAGACGAGGCAUUUCUCAAGGAUUAUUUUCUAGAGGAGAAAAAUCUAUUCAAAAACUCGGAAAAAGGAUCAUUAUUCUUUUCACUAAAACAAUUAAAAAGAAUUCUAGAGAAUCCUGUCAUGUAUGUUUUGCACGCGUUGGAAAAUAUUCGCUAUAAAUCGGAGUUUUUUCCAAAAUUGAAUUACGAAGAAUUGUUGAAAAUAUUAACGAUAGAUGAAUUAUUGCUGAUAAAUCCAAAUCUACAGAAGGAUAGUGCGCCGAUAAUGAAACAAGUUUUCAUGGAAGACGAGUACAGUGUACGGCGGGGAUUUUGGGACGAUGCGAAGAAAAAUAAAGAGCACUUUUCGAAUUUACAUCGAAGACCUGUGACCAAUAAGACGUUGAUUAAUCCCAGUAGGGCACACGACGCGGUCGUUGAUAUCGCGAUCCGUUGCGGAGAAUUAAAAGGCAUCCGACUGAGUAAACUACUGAAUUUCUUCAUCGAACAUCUGAUUAAAAUGGGCGAAAAGUACCACGAAUACGGAGCGGUGAAGCAAAAGAACGAAUACCUUCAACACGCGAUGAGUUUGAGUAUUUUACUCGCCGAGGAUGAAAUGUUUCGAGAAGAUGCUCGUUCGCAAAUUCGCGAAAUUGUUUCCCUCCAGAGACUGAUAACUACUUCUACCUCACGGGACGAUCCACCAGAAACACCAAAAAGAAAUCCAGAAAUGCCGAUAUUCACCUCAACUUCUAGAAAUACGAAUCCUUCGACAAGUUCCUCAAUUUCUUCCUCGAAUCCAGAAGCGAAUUCACAAGAAGAAUUUCUUGAAAGAAGUAAAAAGAAAUCAGACACCUCUCCAUAUUCAGUGUCAUUAAAAGAUCGAUACUCCUCACCAUCAAAUCAAUCUUCAAAAUUCCCAACGGAAGAGAUUUCCCGAAAAAAGUCCGAUCCUCCGGUUUAUUUUCAAUCGUUUAAUAGUCGAUUUUCUAAUACUUCUUCUGAUGAUACUGCUGCAUUAUCGCCUACUGAGGAAAAUAUUUCCAGGGAAGUUCCAAUUGCGAAAAGGGAGAAAGAUAAUCUUCCAGAAUUAGAAACAAAGAAGAAAAGUUGUCAAAAACAAAUUCUAAACUCGGAAGAAGAAACAACAAAAGAAACUAUUAAUCGAGUUGGUAGUUCGAAAACGCCGGAAGGAAACAUUGUAAAACAGCGAAUGAAAAUUUACUCAAACUCAGAAGAUAUUUCAGAAGCAAGAAAGAGAAUUUCCGAUCCAAUCUCAAUGGAAAGGGAGAAAAUUGUCCCUUCUGAUCUAGUUCCGAAGGGAAAAAAUGAUGUACUAGGUCAAAGUGAUCAAACACCAAAAAAGAAUAUAACAAGUGUUCAAGUUAAAAAGUUUGAAGAAAAAAAAGAAAUUACGAGUCAACACAAGAAAAUUGUUCCCCCUGAUCCAGUUUCGAAAGAAAAAAAAGACUUCCUCAGUCAAAGUGAUGAAGCACCAGAAGAGAAUAAAACUAGUGUUCAGAUUAAAAUCUCUGAAGAAAAAACAAAUCAAGAAACUACGAGUCAAGAUAACAGUUCCGUUAGUACAGGAAGAGUCAGUGUAAAAGACAGAAUAAAAAUUUACUCCAGUCCAAAGGAAGUUUUUGCAGAAGCAAAAAAGAAAAUAUCGCAAGAGUCGAAAGUGAUUUCAUUAACAGAUGACAGUAGUGAUUCUUCUAAAGAUACGUAUAUUUAGACUUUCUUCCAAUAAUAAUUUCCCCCUACAAGAAUUAUUGAUUUUGAACAAUCUAGUAUUCUCGUGAUAAGACGAAUUAAAAGCCGGACAAAAAAAAUGAAGUGACGUACUUUUUUGUGUGAUAAUUAUAAGAGUGAUGCGUUGAAUGACUUUGCAAAAACUUUUUUUUUCCCACCUUCACUAUCGUAAUCUAUAUUUUAAUUUUCUGUGUUUUAAAAGAAGACAAAUGACUUAAUUUAUAAAAGAAACUCAUAAAAGUGAUAAAAAUCCGUUGUAAAACUUAUUUACUCCUACAAUAUUAGUAAAAAUCUCGAAUUAUUACGUUGCAAAUUUUUUUAGAAUGAAAAUU